GCCACAUCCGGGCUCUUGUGACGCGCAUGACAGCCGUUGUAAAACUCAAGACGACAGUAAAUACCGCAGAGAAGCCGAACAAGUUCAUCUGUGACAAACAGCAGAGCAGUUCCUCGUGAUCUGACACAUACAUGUACAUCAACAUUGUACCCGAAUUAAACGUGUGCAGGUGCGGACGGCUUCAGAUCCUGACUGUUCUUCACAUCUUCACUGCCUUUGCACGUAACGUAUGAGUUUUACAUGAAGAGGACCGAGAAACCCGAGGGAUACAGACAGAUGCGACCCAAGACGUUUCCUGCAAGCAACUGCAGUGGGAACAGUCAACAGAUGCUGCAGGAGAUCCGGGAGAGCCUGCGGAACCUCUCCCGGCCGUCGGACGCCGUCAAGGCCGACAUGAACGCCGGGAAGGGUUCCCUGGACGAUCCCCGACAACAGGGGCGCAGUACCAACCCCAAAAACCCCCAUCACAGAGCCCUGCAGGAGAUCCGCGAAUCUCUGAUGCCGUUUGCCAUCAACAAGCGCAUGCUGCAGGAGCUACAAGAUGCAGGUUUUGAUGAGGAGCUGGUGGUUCAUGCUCUGAAACAGACAGACAGUCGCAGCGUGGAGGCGGCUGUGGACUACAUCAGUAAAAACUUCCAGGUACCUUUGAGGGAACAGAUCCCUGCCGCUGCCGUGCGUCCGGUAAACUCGGCUUUAAAACAAGCAGGUCCAUCUCAAGGUCAGCAGCCAGUGUUGCGACGGCCAAGCUGGAAAGGCUCUAAGGAAUCACUGGCCCCACAGCGGCACAGCGCUCUGCUAACUGAUGGCAUAAUAUACCGCCCGAGUAGCCCAGGACCUCAGGGUGACCUCACACGACCCGCAAACUUCCCUCAAAAUCUCUCACGCCAAGUACGCAGCAUCACCCCUCCUCCCUCCUCGUGGGACUCCAAUAACUCACAACACAAGCGCGGUUCUGGGAACCUCGAUUAUCUAGUUCCCCGGAUCUCCCCCGUGCCUCAGGGACCCCGGCCCGACAGCUACAUUAACCCUCCUUCCCAGGCUCAGCGAGGCCUCAGUCCAGUGCCGGUGGGUCGGCAGCCCAUCAUCAUGCAGAACUCCGGGGGAAGUAAAUUCACUUUCCCCCCAUCCUGGCCUCAGAAUGGCAACGUACAGAGUGAUUAUGCAGGCAGCCGACAGCCGCCCCCUCCUCCGUAUGCCAUGCACCAGUCGAACAGACAGAGUCCCACGGCUCUGCAGGUGCAGUCCAGCGCAGCCGCACCCUCAAACGGAUCCAACCUUCCCCCGAGUAUGCUGGUCCCCAACCGCAACAGUCACAACCUUGAUAUGUACAACCUUGGAGUGAUGCCCCAGGUCAGACAGCCCGUGCAGCAGCCUCAGACAUCCCCUGGACAUAACGGUAAACAGGAAGUUCCUCCGUUAUGGCCACACAGUGUCCCAGGACGUUCAAACUCCUUCACCAACGCCCAGUCCAGUGGCAGGCAAUGUCUCAGCUCUCAGCCGUCCGCCACUACCGUCGCCACCACUGUCACCACCAUUACGCAAGCUCCCAUCCUGCAGCCGGUAAAGAGCAUGCGCGUGCAGAAGCCGGAGCUGCACACCGCUGUGGCCCCAACGCACCCGCCCUGGGUGCAGCAGCCGGCUCCUCCGCCAAACGUCUAUCAAGAACCGGUGACUGCACCCGAAGUCCCAAGUUACCAAGGCCCACCCCCUCCUUACCCUAAAUACCUGCUCCAGCAGCCACCUCCGCCAGGGUAUGACUCAAGCCCCGCUCCCAAACCCAGCAGCAAAGAAGAGGACGGGCCGGAAAACCACGCCGACAGCACCUGCUCCAGCGAACGUGCCGAGAGCUCGGAGGAACGCGAGAAGAAACAGAUCACGACGUCUCCUGUACCUGUGCGUCGUAAUAAACGGGAUGAGGAUCGUAAAGGGGAAAGUCGGCUUCCCGUGUACUCCGUGCAGGCCUUUAAGUUCUUCAUGGAGCAGCAUGUGGAGAACAUAUUGAAGAAUCACCAGCAGAGGAACAGAAGGAAGAAACAGCUGGAGAGCGAGAUGCAACGGGUGGGGCUGUCGGGCGAUGCGCAGGAGCAGAUGCGCAUGAUGCUGUGCCAAAAAGAGUCCAACUACAUCCGUCUCAAGCGUGCCAAAAUGGACAAAUCCAUGUUCGAGAAGAUCAAGACUCUGGGAAUCGGAGCGUUCGGCGAGGUGUGCUUGGCACGGAAAGUGGACACGGGAGCGCUGUACGCCAUGAAGACCCUCCGUAAAAAAGACGUGCUGUUGAGGAACCAGGUGGCGCACGUGAAAGCAGAGAGAGAUAUUCUCGCUGAAGCAGACAACGAGUGGGUAGUCCGCUUGUACUACUCUUUCCAGGAUAAGGAUAACUUGUAUUUUGUCAUGGACUACAUCCCCGGUGGAGAUAUGAUGAGUCUGCUGAUCAGGAUGGGCAUAUUCCAAGAGGACUUGGCCCGGUUUUACAUCGCAGAACUUACAUGUGCUGUGGAAAGUGUCCACAAAAUGGGUUUCAUCCACCGAGACAUCAAACCAGACAACAUUCUGAUAGAUCGGGACGGACACAUCAAACUGACGGACUUUGGCCUGUGCACGGGGUUCCGCUGGACGCACGACUCCAAAUACUACCAGAGUGGUGAUCACGUGCGUCAGGACAGUAUGGACUUCAGUAAGGAAUGGGAGGAUCCCGCUAACUGCCGCUGUGGAGAUCGACUGAAGCCGCUGGAGCGAAGAGCAGCUCGACAACAUCAGCGCUGUCUGGCACAUUCACUCGUGGGAACACCAAAUUACAUCGCACCCGAGGUUCUUCUGCGCACGGGUUACACACAGCUGUGUGAUUGGUGGAGUGUUGGUGUUAUCCUCUAUGAGAUGUUGGUCGGUCAGCCUCCUUUCCUGGCAACGACUCCUCUUGAGACCCAGAUGAAGGUAAUCAACUGGCAGACGAUGCUACACAUCCCCACGCAAGCCAAGCUGAGUCCAGAGGCUACCGAUCUCAUCCUCAAGCUCUGCCGUGGCCCAGAGGACCGGCUCGGGAAAAACAGAGCCGACGAGAUCAAAGCCCAGCCCUUCUUCAAGACCAUCGACUUCUCCACGGACCUCAGGCAGCAACACCACGCGCCUUACAUACCCAAAAUCACACACUGCACCGACACCUCCAACUUCGACCCCGUGGACCCUGACAAACUGUGGAGCGACGACGCCGACGGCAAUCACAACGACACGCUCAACCGCUGGUUUAAGAACGGCAAGCACCCGGAGCACGCCUUCUACGAGUUCACCUUCCGCCGAUUCUUUGACGAUAACGGCCACCCGUACAGCUGUCCCAAACCCAUCGAAAGUGAGGGAUACGGUACGGAGGACGACGAGCCUGUCGACUCUUCUAAAGGGCUGGGGGCGGAGCAGGGGCGGGAUCUGGUGUAUGUUUAGCAGGAAUGUGAAACUCUUGAGGACAUGUCUGGGUCACAUUUGACCCCAAAACUCUCACGACUCUACUGUCAUUUUUUUUACUGUUUUGUAAGCAAAUUGAAAUGAUCAGUAAUAUAAAAGUGUAAUAUUCAUAGAUCAUAUUAUUUGUUUUGCCUACAGUCAUACAGUUAAAUCUACUGUAUUAGUGAUGAGAAUCUAAUGAGUUUCACCAUUGAGAACUUGAGAUGCAUUAUAAUAAUGAGAUAGACGUCAUAUUGUUCAGCGUUUAGUUUCUAAAUUUUGGGAUGAGAUGAGAGCCGGACAUGUCUUCAUGAGAAAUGUUUUUAUAUGUUCUCUCUCUUUCAUCUCUGCUGGUGUGAAUGCUUGCGUCUGUCUUGACACUUUGUGCUGUAUUUAUUUUUUUGUGUUCAGGAUUCACAUGGCUGGUGUAUUUUUUCACUUUUUUUUAACUUAUUGAAAGACUUUUUAAAACUAGUUGCAUAAUUCUUUGAUCAGAUGAUGUCUGUAUUUAUGAUUGUGUUGAUUUUGCCCAUUGACAGACUGCACAGGUUUCAUCUCUCUUUCACUGACACUAUGAAGGCGUCAUCCAUGUAGUCUGCACAACUCACCGUUGAUUUAUAUUCCGAGAGAAAAUAUUGUAAAUUCUUGCUCCUCUCUGUUUUUUCUAUUUAUACACACACAGAUUGUAUAUAUAAAUUAUGCAGUGUACAUUUGUAAAUUGUUUCUCAGUCUUAAAUGGUUAGGAGGUAAACUGUGGGUAAUAACGUUUUCAUAUUCUCUACUGUACUGUACAAAUAAUGACCAACAUGUAUAAACUCAUUAUCAGUAUAUGAUGUUUAAAUGCCUUUGACUCCAGAUGUCUGAGAAACACAUUGGAGAAGCCCUGCACUGGUUUCUCUGCUCUGUCACUACCAAAGCCUUUCAUUUAUCUACAAGAAACACUACACAACUGUGUUUGGAUCAUUGGUCUUUUUUGUUCAUAUAUUUUUUUUAAUAUUUCUCUUGUAUCUUGUGCAGCUCUGAAUGUAUUGAACACUAUUUCUUGGAUUAAACUGGUGGUUUUAUGCCCAAAAACGUGCAGCUAUAGCUAUUUUGAGUAGUAAAUUUGUCUUGAAUGUGGAAGGGGUGGGGGGUGGUGAUCAAUAAAAGCACAAAACAUGCCGUAUUUCUGUUUUCAUGUCUGCUUUUGUUUGACAAAUGUGCAAUGCAGCUUUUAUACAUGUGAAAACUUGUUUUCUAGAUACUAAAACUAUUUGACUUGAACUUUUUAAAUGUUAAUAAAAUCUAAAUCACUGAUU